UAUUUUUAAAUGUUAAUAAUAUUUUAGUUAAAAGAUUGUUACCAACAUAAUUCGAUUGCAGCGACUCGUUGCGGUCUUGUUUCUUAUUUGAUUCAAUUGAUUUUACAAAAAGUUAGGUUAGUUUGUAUCUUUGAAAUCAUCGAUAAUUUCCUUGUGGUUAUGAUAUUGUGUGAAAAAUUAUUAUAAAUUUACGUUUUCGUUUAAUCUUCGUAUAAAUUAAUUAUAUUGAAUCGUUCUUCCUUCGAUUAUACAAUUAUGGCCUCUUCGUGUUUGAUUUUACAACGAGGUAUCUCAACUUCGUGUGUUAAUUAUGGAAAGCGUAAUUUUCGUAAAUUUUUAUUUCUUAAUAAACGAGGUAGUCGAGAUUUCAAAAAGAAGCAGUCUACAGAUCCCUAUCCGGAUUAUCCAAUAGAUAAAAGAGGAGUAAGAGAUACAGGUUUUAAGAUAGGAAAUAGAUGGAUUAAUGUUCCGGAAAUGGUACCUGAACUUAUCGUUCCAUCUUUAGAAGGUUUUACUUUGAAACCAUAUGUAUCGUAUAAGGUAGAGAAUAUUAGUCAAGGAGAAUAUACCGCUAAAGAUCUCUUUAAUGAGAUAUAUGCUAAAAAGAUUGAAGAGGAUUUUAAUAAACAAGAAUUGGAUCCAAAUGGAGAUCCUAUGAAUCCUAACGAAUAUGAAAAACUUACUCCGCAAGAAGCAGCAGACCGUGCUAAAAGAACUGGUACCGAUAUCUUUUGCGAAGAUGUUAGAUAUAAAUCCAGUACUAUUAUAGAUUAAAAGAUAUUUUCGUAUCAUUCGAUAGUAAUGAGAUAUAUCAAAAUAUCAUAAGAAUUUGAAAUUAAAUGUGAUGUAAUAUUUGAUGUUACAAUAAAUUAUAAAUAAGUAUUUCUAUAUAUGUUAAAGAAGAUAAGGGAAUGAAUUGAUCAUUUUAUUUUUUUUUUUUGAUCCACAUAUGUUUUAUUUGGUACAUUCUAUGCACGCGUGUAUUACAUAUGUAGAAUGAUUUAUAAACAGUAACUACUGAUCUAUCAUUUGUAACGAAUAAAGAAACGAGCAAAUAUCUAUUUUCUCUAGGAGGACAAAAAUGGAGUUUCCAUAUACACCUUUAUAACUUGUUUUAUAAUAUCUUUGUAUGAUGGUAAACUCAUGUGGCAGUCUUAAUUCAAUAGCAAAUAAUUGCUCUACCAAAUAUCGCAGAUGUUAUUAUUCGUGUUAGACCGUGCAUUGCAAAAUCAAUAAUCAAUAAUAUCUUACAAACAGUCUUUUUUUUUUUUUUUUUUUUACAAGGUAUAUACUAAAAAUAAAGACAUAUACUAGCGUGUAUAUUGAUGCGCAUAGAUGAAAUGAAUUUUAUUGCUGUUAAAUGAAUGAUAUACAUCCUUGUAAAUGAUGCCAGUUUUCAUGGAAAUUAUAAAUCUAUCGCUCCAAAAAGACAACUUUUUAAAUGGAUAUAUCUGCUGUCAAUAAGUGGUUUAAGAAACAAAUUUCAAUUCCUGAGUCUUAGACAUAUUAUAAGUUCGCGCCUUUUUAGAAUGACAGAUCUUUUUUUUCUUUCUUUUUUUUUUUUUUUGAGAAUUAGGCUAACUUAAUGGCUAUUGAUUACACAUAUCAAAAGAUUUUGAGCAAAAGUUUGAUUGUUUUCUUUUUGGGUAAAAAAUGACAGAAAAUUCGAAUAGUAAAGUCGUUGUCAGUUGUGCGCGGCCGGUAUUGCACUCUACUGACUAAACUACUAAAUUCUAAGGUUAUGUAUUUGCAUAAAAAGUGCUGUAUUCAUAUCAAAAUGUAAAAACAUUUUUUCGUUCGAUACCAUUUCGUUUAUAUGUAUCUUUCCCUAACAGAUACGACCGUGCAAAGCUAAAAAAUCUAUCAUUACCUGUUGACUCCAUAAGAGCGUCCGUUCAGCUAACUGACAAUCUGCCGCUAAGCGAGAUGAAAAGUAAUCUUGGUCCACCGUCGGAUGCUCUACGUCCUUGUGAGGCUCGCGAUAUUCUACCAGUUAUUGGAGAUGGACUUUUAGGUGGCGGUGGAGUGCAAGAAGGUAAACUACUGGUAAAACAAUUUGCUCCUGUAUAAUCCGGUGGACAACCAGAAUCAAAACUAGAUUCGAAAAGAUCGGACGAUGAACUGCCGCUACCACCAGCAAGGAACAACGUCGUUCGACUAGGAGGAUCAAUAGGAUCCAUAAGUGGACUAUCAAAAUGUUGUUGAUCUCCUUCAGCACUGCAACAACCUUCAUCGGUCGAAGAGCUCGUUGAACUGAACCGUUUACCUCCUCUGCUAACAUCGUCCCUUGUUCUAUAACAAAGUAUAAAUAUUGAUUUAUUAUAUUUAAGGUAAAUUAAAAGAUCUCUCAUUUUCCA